AUGCCUCAAAGUUUAGCACAUUUCCAACCGCAGCAGCACCAUUAUGGCCUGAAGGUUCUUGCUCCGGUCGUCGUGCAACAUUUCAAGAACAGUUUGAUCCAGGCACGAAGGAUGCAGGAGGUCCAGCCGGACAUGGAUCGGCAGGUCGCCGAGCUCCGCGGCGAGCUGCGCAAGGUGCGGGAGGAGCGCGACCGCGCCCACCGCGUGCUUGAGGUGACGGAGUGGAAGGCGCUGGCAUCGGCGAAUGACCGCACCACGAUCGAGACGCUAGAGGCGGAACGGGACGCGUCGAGGGAGUCUGAGUCCCGGAUGCUGGAGUCGCUCUCGCUGCAGACGAAGCAGCUGGAGAUCACCAUGAUGGAGCUGGAAGAGGCCAGGUUGGAGAUCGCGUCGCUCAGGGACACGGUGCAGAGUAUCGAGGCUAGCGCCUGCGCCGCCGCCGCCGCGAAACCGAGGGGACGGUACGACCGCGACCUGCAGCGGGUGAGCAGCGAGCUGCGGGUGGCGCUGGCGACGGAGGAAAAGAGCAAGCGGGCGAUGGAGGAGCUGGUGCUGGCGCUGAAGGAGGUGAAAGCGGAGCUGUACGCGACGCGGCAGCAGCUGGCGCGCGCGCAGCGAGAGGCGGAGACGGCCCGGCUCGAGUCCGACCGGCUGCACGUGUCCGUGAAGCGCAAGGACGACAAGGUCCGGGCGCUUUCCGACGAGGUGGCCCGACUCCGCGCCGACGCCGAGGAGUCGGCUGCGAACUGGAGGGCCAAGGAGGCCGGGUUCACGGCGUGCAUGAAGUCCACGGAGGCGGAGCUCGCCGAGUCCCGUCGCGAGAACUCGCGCCUCCUCGAGUCGCAGCGGUCCGGGCGGAACGAGGUGGCCAAGCUCCGGGACAUCCUGAAGCAGGCCGUCAAGGACAGCAAGUUGGUCAAGGAGGAGCUGGAGGAGGCGAAAACUGAGAACGCGAAGCUCAAGGAGACGGUCGGCAACAAGGACAACGCCGUCAAGUGCACCAAGCAGGAGCUGGACUGCCUCCGCGUCAGCGAGGCCGCGGCGCGCGACAGCGUCAAGGAGCUGCAGAGCCUGCUGGUGGCCACGUCGUCCAGCCCCACCGCGUCCGUGGCUGCUUCCACAGGGAGGUCGUUGGACCUGGAGGAGGAGCCGUCGUCGCCGCAGCUGGGGAUGGAUCAUCAGCUGCCUCUGCCUGCUGGGUGUGAGAACCGGCUGUCCACGGACGCCAAGGUGAAGCCGCCGGAUGGGAUGGUGCUGCCGCGGCAGAUGUCGGAGAACUUCGAGGGGUCGGUGUACGACAUUUUCGGGACGGUUGACGAGCAGAAGGGCGAGCAGCUGGGCGUGUUUACCAGGAUGCCGAGUUUGCCUGGCCGGCGGCGCGUGGUCAUGCGCAGGGUUGGCAGCCUAUUCCGGUGGAAGAGCUUCAACAACAAAUAGCUAGCUACUGCUGCUACCUGAAAUUUGGAAGAGCU